AUGUUGGCGCCCACAUUCACUAACGCUACUUUGGAUCGCAGUGUCGCGCUGCCGUCGACCGCUAUCACCUCCAUUACACCUGCCACAAUUACCGCGGCGACGACAAACACAACCAUCUCCAUCAGCGGUCAAAAGGCUCCUGACGCCCCGUCAAUCACCAGCGCCACCGCCACCACCAGCGAUGUGGACUCGGUCCCAACCUGUCCUCAUUGUGGCCGCGCAUACACCUCACAUAUCGGCCUGGUCGGUCACAUGAGAGUCCAUCACACAGAGGCUGCUGAACCAGUGCUGGAGCGCCAACAUACACCAGACGCACUCGCCUUAACUGCCCGCAUUGCUCGCGUAUAUUCAGUCACCGCAUGGGCCUACUAG